CGGAUCGAUUUUGCUAAGCUAGCAUGGGGAGAAAGGCGUCUUGCAUCUCGCUUGUGAUCCUCGCGCUUGUGCUCGCUGGCCCCGACGCGAAGUCCGCGGCUGGCUACAGCGUCGACCAGGCGGCGACGAUGAGGCUGGAGGACGGCGUGGCGCCGGAGCUCGGGGUGGUGUCGGCGGUGGACCUGGACGUGCGUCGCCACGUUCUCCACAGCAUCAGCCCACAAUACGUGCGGGAGCCCAGCAGGCCAGCCUGCGUCGAGGGGUGCGGGGCGCCCGGAGAGCGGUACACCGGCCGGGAUUGGAAGAAAAAGUACCAGUGCGGUUAAGCACCAGAACAGCGAAUGGAAGUCGGAAGGGUACUACUACCUCCGUCCGGAAAUACUUAUCAAAAAAAUAAAUGUCUCUAGACAUAGUUUAAUUUUAGAUACAUCCAUUUUUAUUCAUUUCGGCGACAAGUAUUUCUGGACGGAGGGAGUACAUACGGGCGCGUCAAUGCAACCUCCUUGCUGCACUGCCCGGCAUCAUUUUCAUGCAUGAGUGACAGUGCACUCGCGUUCCAUCGGUCCAUGUUCUGUUUUCGUUUCCAUUUUGCGUGCACUUCGAUCCGUGCAGUUGCCUGUUGCUACCGCUGUGUAUCUGUAAACUUUCCGUGCAGUCUCGUUGUGCAAUUGUGAAGUGCUUGUACAGUAGCACCGUCUGACUAUUGAUGUUCUCAAGUCAAGGCUGGCUUCUAUCAAGGGUGAACUGAGUGUAGCUUAGUUGCUUAGAUUUUUUGUGGUAUAACAACCCACCAGAA